AUGUCCAUCACGCGCAAGCUUGCUCCAAGUCAUUUUGUUUACACCGCUGAUAAAUUUCCGCUAAAACCGUGUCAGGAAUUCAAUGAUUUGGGCAUAAUAUUUGAUGCGAAGCUAACGUUUCUCGAGCACAUUGAGACUGUUACGAGCAAAGCAUACAAGUGCUUGGGCUUCAUAAUCAGGAGCUGUAGAGAUUUUAAUAGUUCAAGGACCAGGAUUCUGUUGUACAAUUCAUUUGUCGUAGACGGUCUCUGACUGUCGAACACGGAGGUACCACCCGGUGGAUCUCGUAGGCGGAGCCAGAAUGUGUGCAUGUUGCAUGCACACGUGUUCCCUCGCCAGAGUCCGUGUG